GAUUCCCGGUACCGGAAUUCUUUUUUUCUUAUUUUACAUUAAUUAAUUACCUUUAUCUUUUUCAAUUAAAGUCACUUUAUCGAUUAAUCUUGCGUCAAAGUAGAAAUCGCAAGUCUCUAAAUUUAUCUACAAUCUUCGAAAUAUUACUCGUACUUCACGUUAGAUCUCAAACAUUCAUUAGCUACCGUAUUCGCGAUUUAUUUGAUGUACAAAAUACAGUCGUUAUUCGACAACACUGUUGCCUUACACUGUUCUUAUUCUUCGCGUAAAUGCCUAGUAAGACGUAGCUACGCUUCUCUAUCGAUAUGCAAUCACUGCCAUUUUUAUCGACAUUUGCGGAAAUGGCUUGGAGACCCAACACGUGUAUUACCAUCCACUCUAUAAUUCCGAAAAACGGUCGCAAUUUUCUCGAGAGGUAUCGCGUCAGAAUGAUUGAAAAUAACCUAUGGUAACUUGUCAGGAUUAAAGUACAUGCAUACGUAGUGCGCAAACAAAAUUACGUACUCGCACGUAUACGGCGACUUCAAGAAAACUUUUCCACUUAUUCGUAGUCGUAGAGGGACAGAUGGCUCAUGCAUCCGGUCACGAAUGGAUGAAAUCAAUUCGAAGAUUAACGAGCAUUAAAAUUAAUUAUUUGAAGUACAGUGGUCUAGGAGAAAUCGAUUCGAGUUGCUCGCAUAUUUCAAAAUACGCGUAUUUCGCGUACAAAGUAUGGAUGUUGGUAACGAUGUGCAUCCUGGCGAUCACCGUCUUCGCGGAUAUUUACGCGAAUAUGGAUAAUUUGUCGAUCACAACCGACGAUGGCUGCAUCUUCGCUGGCAUCUUCGUUGUGAUAUUCAAGGCGAUGAACCUUCAAAUUCAUCGAGGAAAAAUGAAAAAAUUAUUGCACGAUAUAUUCGAGUGUGGCGACGAUCUCUGCGAAUUUUCCGGCGAGUGAAAUUCGAUUUACGUUAUUGUAUAAAAAAAAAAAAUUAGAGAGAAAAAACUACGAACGAUCCAAUUAAUGAAAACGAGAAACGUUUUUCUAACACUCGACAUUUUUUUCGUAAUCAUCAUUAUUUCCUUCAUUAUCAUUUCUGUUCAUCGAAUCUGAAAAAAGAGAUGAAUGAAACGCCUCUGAGAAUAAAAUUAAGAGCACGGUCGAGACCCGUAUCUCUGAUGUGAAAUGACGCAGCAAAUGAUGCACGUUGACUUCAUUAAUUCAGGUCCACU